UGUGGGAUCAUUCCAGGUCUGAGCAGCGUCCUCCUGCCUCGUAUGAACCCGUUUGUCCUGAUCAACAUGGCAGGAGCUUUCUCACUCUGCAUCACCUACAUGCUCAUCGAAAUCAAUAACUACGUGGUGGACACGGCGUCGGCGGUGGCCAUCGCUCUCAUGACGUUUGGCACCAUGUAUCCGAUGAGUGUUUACAGCGGUAAAGUUCUGCUGCAGACAACGCCCUCGCACGUCAUCGGACAGCUGGACAAACUGCUCAGAGAGGUCUCGACUCUAGACGGAGUUCUGGAGGUUCGGAACGAGCAUUUCUGGACCGUCGGCUUCGGCUCUCUGGCCGGCUCCACUCACGUCCGUAUCCGCCGUGACGCCAACGAGCAGCUGGUUCUGGCUCACGUCACCAACCGUCUGCUUCCUCUCGUCUCCACGCUGACCGUCCAGAUCUUUAAAGACGACUGGACCCGACCGCUGCUGACCGGCGCCCUCACUUCCUCUUCCUCUUCCUCUGUUCCUCCUCUGGGCGGCGCCGCUGAAGGCUACGCCCCCCUCUCCUCCUCUUCCUCUCUUCCUCCUCUGCUAACCGGAGCAGAGUUGGACCCGCUGACUUCCACCCCGUCCAAACUCACCAGCCCUCCUCCUGAGUUCUCCUUCGACACUCCAGGUAGGAACGCUGCUCCGGUGGUCUUCCCGGCUCCGGGUCAGCACCAUCACGCUCACCGGCCCUACGGAGCCAUGGGACUCCCGUACGGAGCGUCUCCCUACGCGGGGAUGCUGAGUCAGGGCUUGGCCCGGCCCGGCGGCGGGUUGGGACUCGGCGUGCAGGGUUUAGGAGCCGGGUACGGCCUCGCCGCUACUUCCUCUCAGAGCUACAGGACUGCCUUCGGAGGGGCCACGGCGCCGCUGCGGUUCGGAACCGGCAACCCUCUGCAGUCCCAGUCCCAGUACAGACAGUACCGACCCUGAUGGAGGAGAACCGGGACAGAACUCUUAACGCUGGGAACCUUCAAACAAACCUUAAACAUGUGAUCUGAGGUCUGAGGGGUUGGAAAUGUAUCUCCUGUCCUGAUUGGACGACGGACUCUGCAGCAUUUACUGAACAGGAAGUGUUCAAUGUUGUAGCGUGAGGUCAUAUUUAUUGAUGAUGAUGAUGAUGAUGAUGAUGAUGGUGGUGAUGAUGAUGAUGAUGAUGAGGGGACCAAGAAGGAGACUGCAGCUGGAUUUGACGUCUUUGAGUCUGUUUUUUUUUUAUAUCAAGAUCUCGAGACACAGAGAGAGAGAGAGAGAGAAAGAAAGAAAGAAAGAAAUAUGGAAGGAAGGAGGCAAGAGAGGAUGGAAAGAAGGAAGAAAGAAAGAAAGAAAGAAAGAAAGAAAGAAAGAGAAAGAAAGAAAUAAAUAUGGAAGGAAGGAGUGAUGGAAAGAUGGAAGAAAGAAAGAAAGAAAGAAAGAAAAAAAUUCCUUCUUUCCUUUCCUCCCUUUCUUCCUCCCUCCUUUACUUCCUUCAUUCCUUCCCUCCUUCCUUCCUCCCUCCCUCCUGUCCUUCCUUCUUGCUUCCUUCCUCCCUCCUUCCUUUCCUUCCUUCUU